AUGGCACCGGUGCUGGAGGCGCCUAAUCCAGUUGCCACCAGCACGCCGACAUCGGCAUUACCCAGCCCAGCGGCACCCAAUACAGCGGACACGGCGACGCUAGCGCCCAGCCCAGUUGCCACGGCGAAGCCAACAGUGAAGCAUGAGCCGGAAGAUGGAAGGAUGCUCGCAGUGCCGGCGGCAGAGGAGGUCGUCAUCUUAGAAGUGGAGAAGAAAUGGCUAUACUGCGUGACGUGCCAUUCUCCACUCAAGCCUCCCAUCUUCCUGUGUGAGGUUGGGCACGCGGUGUGCUGCGACUGCGCAGGACGCGGCGGCGAGAGAAAGCACUGCGGCGCGUGCAACCGCGCCGCCACCUACAGCCACGCCCCCUGGAUGGACGGCAUGGUCACCGGCCACAAGGAGCCGUGCCCGUACAAGAGCUUCGGCUGCGCGAGGUCCAUCGUCUACUACGCGGCGGCGGACCACAAGGCCAGGUGCGCGCACGCGCCCUGCUACUGUUUGGAGUGCGCGUUCGAGGGCUCGCCGGCGAGCCUCGUGUGCCACCUCACUGACCAGUCCGGCCGCCACCGCUGGCCCGUGGAGGAGAUCAAGGGGAACGCCAGCGGCGGGACCACGAGGCCGCUGUACACCGGCGUGCUCUGGGUGGAAGGCCCUCUGGCCGCCUCGGGCCACCUCAGGGGCAGAUUCAAGCUGAUAGGGGAGCUGGCCAACUGCGGGGUCCCCGGCGAGGUGGACAUGGAUCAUGGGCAGCUCCAUGCGCAUGUCAACCCGGAGAUGCUCCACGGGGAGUCCAAGGAGGUUCAUCUGGCCAUUUGCAUCACCAAGUUCUAGUGAAUUAGUUAUCACUCUAGCUUAUGUGUAUGCAGCAACAGUGCCUGGUUCAC